AUGGGUAAAUAUGAGAAGGGAACACCGAAAGAAAUUGCCAAUCGAUGCAAAUCAAAAGGUUUACAAAAACUGAGAUGGUUUUGUCAAAUGUGCAAGAAACAGUGUCGCGAUCAGAAUGGCUUCAAAUGUCAUUUGACGAGUGAAACUCAUCAACGGCAAUUGUUAUUGUUUGCCGAAAAUCCAAACACUUAUCUAAAGGAGUACAGUGAAGAGUUUGAAAAGAAUUUUCUGAAGGUAUUACGAAGCACUUUUGGUACGAAACGCGUUCGUGCCAAUGAAGUUUAUCAGGAAUACAUUCGUGAUAAAAUGCAUACGCAUAUGAAUUCAACCAAAUGGCAUACUCUAACGAAUUUUGUUAUUUAUCUUGGGAAAUCGGGCAAAUGUCACGUUGAUCAAACAGAGAAGGGUUGGUUUAUUGCAUGGAUUGAUCAACAAGAAGAGCUCAGAAAGCAGGAAGCGUUGCAUAAGGUUAAAGCAAUACAUGAUGAUGAAGAACGGUUGCAGCAAUUACUGGAGGGACAAGCAGAAAGAGCUCGUGAAAAACAACAGAAAUCAUUAGAAUCAAGUAAAAGCCAUCCCACGGAAUUACUUCGUACCGGUGAUGAUGAGAAAAUUACUUUUUCUUUGGCGACGAAGAAGCCAACUGAUGAGGAACUCACUAGACCAGGUACGUCAGUUCUUGCGAUGUCUAAUUCCGUAUUUGAUACUAAAAUCAAAAGAGAAAUGAAAUCUGAAUCGGAAUUGGUGGACAAAUCUAAAAAGCACCAAUACAAGGAUGAAUUCCCUAGCGCCUCAACUUCAAAAGGAGAAAUAAAAGAUGAUUAUCGGAAAGAGCAUGAUAAUAUGUUUGUUGAAUCAAAUAAAAAUCGCAAACAAGAUCUGAAGCCAAAGAAAAAUGCCUUGGAUGAAAUUAUGGAAAUGGAAGAACGUCGUAAGGAAAAGCGGAAUAGACGAGACAAUUGGCUUCAUAAAGGGAUUAUUGUAAAAAUUACUACGAAAAAAUUUGGCAAUGAUUUAUACAAAGCAAAAGGCGUGAUAAAGCAAUUAGUGGACGAUUUCACUGCCAUUCUGGAUGUGAACGGGCGUCCAGUGGAGAUCAGCCAAGAAAAUGUUGAAACGGUAAUACCUGCUGUGGGACGUGAGAUGUUGGUUGUUAACGGAGCAUAUCGUGGAACGAAAGCUGUAUUGCAAGCGAUUGAAGAAAAGAAAUUUGCCGUAGUCUUACGCCUUGAUGAAGGUCUCGCUAAAGGAAGAGUUUUAUGCUUACCAUAUGAGGAUGUCUGCAAGCUCAAACAAUGAAAUACUUUGAUACUUUUAUCAGUGAGGUGGUAUCUUACUCGAGGAGAUCCCAAUAGGAUUUCUGGUAUGUUAGUAGCUCUGCUG